AUGUUCGCAACCGAGUGCCACGUGACCGGCAUGCGUGUGAACGCAUCUAGAACGAAAAGCCUAGUGCUUUGUCGUUCUCCUGCCCGGUGCCCUCUUCAGAUUAACGGAGAGGCAGUGGAGCAGGUGGAGUACCUCGGAACUGUAUUCACUAGUGAUGGAAAUUUUGAGGAAGAGAUCGACCGGCAAAUUGGAGUAGCCAGUGGCGUUCUGCGUGAACUAGCCCGACCCGUUGUGACGAAAGCAGAGCUCUCUGUCUGA